CACCAACCCCUCCUCCACCAAAGCGGCUUCCAUGGCGACCCUCACGCUCCCCGUGGCUGUCCGCGCCGCGCUCCGGAGCGGGUCCCCGGGGACUUUAGACCUGUCUGGCGGGGGCUUCUCCGAGGAAUUCGCAGGCUGGGACUCGAGAUUUCGGGCAGGGCUGGGGAAAGAGGAGACUCCCGGAUGGAGACAGCACGGUGGUGCAAGGCGAAGCAGGAUGGUGCGGGAAACAGCAGCAGCGCGCCCGGCCGGGCCCGUGGGCUUCCGGGACCCGGGGUCCAAUCCGCCCCACCCCUACGCCCGCGAACGCCCGGGGUCGGGGUACCUGGCGGGCGAGGGCUGCGGCGGCGGGGGGAGGGCUGGCCAUGGGGCGGCUCCGGGAGCGCGCGGCUGCGGAGAGCUGCGGCGGCACGCAGCGCCCGGCUGGACGCGAAAGCGGGCGGCGCGGCCAAGCUCCAGCGCACGGACCGCGCGGAGCCGGCCGCCAACACCCGGAACCCCAGGCCAGGGCCAGGCGCAGGGAACAGCGCAGCGCCUCCAGCAUCCCUGGGGGAGAAACCUUCAACUGUCUGGUCACUGUGGUCCUUCGGUCGGGAAACCCCAAGCCGUAGUCCCAGCCCCCAGGGCACGAGAGUGCAGGAGCGCCUUUCCGGCUGCAAGCACUCAGCAAGCAUCCUUAUUUACCAAACAACGCCUGGGUGGGCCUGGAAACGCCCCUCCGCCCAGGGGAAGGCAACCUCGGGGAAAUUAAUUUACAUUAGGGCAGAUUUUCCUUCGACCAGCCCACAAGAGGCAGUUUCUGCUUCCCUCCCCCUUCCUGCCCCGAGAGUUUGCAGCCAGGACUGGCAGUGGUGCCUGGGUUCUUGUCUGCCACCAACCUCCACGCGCAAACUGGAGAAGAACGUGAAUCCGGGUUUUAGAUUUCUUUCCGCCACCUACCCAAGUCGGAUUUGUAACUUGGGGUGUUACGGGGCUACUAGGUUCACAUCCCCUAAGAGAUGUUUCUCCCCAAACACCUUGAUGCCACUUAGACCCACCUACCCACCCAACCCAUUUAUCGCUUUCAGGCAAAGUAGACCACGCGUUCCCAACCAAGCAGCUUUGACAAUUUCUUGAGGUAGGCCUGUGAUGGCAACAUUUAGAAAGAGGGAAAAGGAAGACUGUAAUGGCUGUUGUCU